AUGUCUCCUCGCCAGUCAGCUACAGCUGUACAGAACUCAGACUACGAGUCGGACUAUCAAGGCUAUCAGUCAGACUAUCCUACAAAAGCUCCUCCGCCGAAUCGCACCAACGAAGAGCUCAACCUGGCCGUGCUCAAACGUAUCAAUCCUGCAAUAUCCUCCAUCCUCUCAAUUGCUCCGUAUGCAGUUGUUUACGAAUUCUCUCCGAUUCCACAGCCAGAAUGGACGAAGACAGGGGUGGAGGGGUCAUUGUUCAUAUGCGAGCUUGUGCCAGGGCCGUACGGGGAGGAUCGGUACUGCGCGAUUGUCCUCAACAGAAGAGGAUUGGACAAUUUUGAGGCCGAGUUGAGAGAAGGAGAAAAUGCUGGUGUCGAAAUAACGGGAGAGUAUGUCAUAAUCAGCUUCAAGGAGGGCCACGAGCAGAAGAUCUAUGGCGUCUACAUCUUCCAUGACGCCCCGGGGUCGUCCACAGAGCACGCCAUGGAAAGAAACGGCGAAUUGAUGAAGUCCCUCGCCGAUCACGCCGGUGCGAGUAGACAAGCCGCUGAGGCUGCUGCGUCUGCCGCGGUUGCGCAACAUACGAAUGGACAUAUGCAACAGGCUGAACAGACCCUGCACAACCAGCAAGCCCACGCACCCAUGCCUGGGCAACCCGUCAAUCUUCAACAGCUUUUCGGCCAGCAACGAGCGUCCGAUGCAGGCUGGAGUGUGAGGACACAUAACCUGGAUGGUGGAGGUGAUUUUCCAGGCGCUAUGAACUUCUCAUCUCAAGGACCGCCUUUACAGAAGCCCGACGUAUUAGGAGAUCUGUUCAGGAGAGCAGGGCUCGCUCAAAGAUAA